AUGGCCACAAGUGGGAUUGUUGUUCAAUCCUUCAAUGGACAUACAGCAUAUACUGACUACCCCCAGGGAGCCUUUUCUAAAAAGGAGCCUCGCGCACCUCCUCUUGCGCGCCCACAGCCCUCUAGGCCUCACUCACGCACCCAACCUAUCUACACCAACUGGAAGGACCCUGAAAAGUACGAGAACAUGCGACCUCACGAUAAUCGCCUCGAGGAAAUCACCACCAAGCCUGAGAGGGCGCCAGCUCCGCCCGCUCCCCGCACCAGCAACGACGAUUUCGUCAUCAAGAAGGAGACUCCUGAGAAGAAGCGCAAGCAUGACGAGAUCAAAACGAUGCAAACUCUCCACCACCAGCCCGUCGUCGACUCCGCUCGAGCUGUUGACAUGGACGAGAUCCACUUUGACGAGCCAUUUCGAGGCUUCAGCUACGCAGCAACCCCUGACAACACUCGUUGGGGUCCAUAUCAUCACGACGCAUUCAAGCCACCUAACCGUCCUGCUCAUAGCGGCCAUGCUUUCUACGAUGAAGCGUCCAUCUACGGCGACAGCAUGCUAAGGUCCUUCAACCUCGCGCAGUCCCUGUCAGGCGAUACUCUCGUGCCUGGCUCAUUCGUUCCCGGUUCCUACGGUACCACUGAGCUACCUCACCCAGCUGGCAAUGACUCAUUUGUUCCUAGCCACUUCGGUACUGUAGAGCCACCCUACACUAACGGCGUCGAUCCUUUCGCAUCUGCGUCCUUCAAUAGUGCUGGGCCAACUCACUUUGGCAGUGCUGAGACUUUUGUCCCCGGUCCUUUCGGUGGGGCUAAGCCAAUGUACCCUACCGACAACCAUGCCUUCGUAUCUGCUCCCUUCGCUGCAGGAUCUCAUAACGCCGACGUUGGUGAUAACCGUCAAGAGGCCUUCAAGCAGAAAUAUGCCCAUGAACAGUACAGUGUGAGUGCUACUCCUGCCAAGGAUAGCGAAGCGAGCGAGUCUGAGAAUGAGCGUCCCCGUAAGACUCCCAAGCUCAACAAGGACGGUAUACCCCGUAAGCCACGCCAGCCCCGCCCCAAACUCCUGAGGUGGAAUGACGAUGAUUGGAAGAACGUGUGCCUUGGCAUUGUCUGGGCUUGCGGAGAGAUUGGGGUUCAAAUUCCCUUUGAACAAGCUGCUCAGGUUGUCGGCGAGAAGUGUACCGCUGGCGCCCUGCAGCAGGCUCUCCUUAAGCUCCGUGGCAAACAAGUUGAAGCUGGCCACUCGAUCCCUACUCUCAAGAUGGCGUGGACGCGCAAGAACAAGCCAGCUACACCUGGCGCAAAGACCAAAGCCUCCGUUGAACCUGAGGCUCACAACCCACGCAAGAAUCCUACCCGCUUUGAAGCUACCCAGUCUUUCAUCGUCACUCUUCCUCGUGCAUACGCCGAUCAAGAUCGUGAAGUCCUCCAGGCUCCUUACAAGUGGAAGAGGUCAUCCCGUAAAGUCAAGGCUAACAUCAAGCAAGAGCAGUCCCCGCACACCCCUCAGGCUGGAGGCAGUCGAUACUUUGAGGGCCUCCCGGCGACGCCUCAGAUGAAUUUCUACGACACUCCCCCGGUGACUCCCUUCGGCCAGAACACUGGAUACCUCCAGGGCAUGGUCCUUGGUGGUGGAGAGUACGCCAACCUCCUCAAUACUGAGGGCCUCCACGAGGUCGGAAGCGGUUGGGGCGACGCUGCCGACGAUGUAUUUGGUGUCUAG